AUGGAUACUCAUAACUCUACAGUAGCGACUCUGGCAUCGCAAGUCGCCCGCUUCAGUGCUUCGAAGACCCCAUUCCGCAUUUACCAUGGUUCUACACUAUCAACACGCAAAUCGUCUCGUGAUCGGAAUCAGAUUAUCGAUGUCAGCUCACUCAACCAUGUGCUCCAGUUUGAUGAGACUGAAAAGACGGUAUUGGUGGAGCCGAACGUGCCGAUGGAUAAACUUGUGGAAGCUACAAUGGCCAAAGGUUUCCUGCCCAAAGUCGUCAUGGAACUCCCGAACAUUACAGUCGGUGGCGGAUUCGCUGGCACCAGCGGCGAGAGCAGCUCCUAUAAGUACGGGUUGUUCGAUCGCACCAUCUCCGGCAUUGAGCUUAUCCUAGGAAACGGCGAGGUAGUAUGGGCAUCGGCAGAAGAAAACCGCGAUCUGUUCUUCACAGCAGCAGGAAGUUGCGGGAGUCUAGGCGUCAUUACCCUACUCAAAAUGGAGCUCAUUGACGCACGUCGAUACGUUGAGUUGGAGUACAUUCCAGUUCGCUCAACAAAUGAGGCCGUCGAGCAAUUUCGACGAUACCAAGAUGAUAUCGAGGUCGAAUACAUGGAUGGCAUCAUGUAUUCGAUGACGAGUGGCGUGGUUAUGAUCGGUCGCUUGACAGAUGGUCAUGAUGCUCCAAUGAAUAGAAGGAUUCAGAGUUUCGACAAAGCGACAGACCCUUGGCUAUACAUGCAUGCAGAGGACAUCCUGAAGCGGGCCCAGGACGAGAAAACAACAUACAAGGAGCUUGUGCCUGUUCAGUCCUAUCUGUUCCGCUACGACAGAGGCGUCUUCUGGUCAGGGCUGCGCGCGUUCAAAUACUUCAUCACGCCCUUCAAUCGUCUCACGCGCUUUCUACUAGAUCCUUUCAUGUACUCCCGGACCAUGGUACACGCUCUGCAUCGCUCAGGUCUCGCAUCCCGAACUAUCAUCCAAGAUUACGGUGUACCAUACGACGCGGCGGAAGAAUUCGUUCGAUGGACUGAUGAAAGGACGGGCAUUUGGCCGCUCUGGCUGUGUCCAGUGAAGUCGGCGCCUCGUGGGGAGCGAAGCUUCUCCCAAGGUAACAAUAUCAAAGACGACAUUCUCCUCGACGUGGGAAUCUGGGACAUGGGACCGAGCGACGCCCACGAGUUCAUCAAGCUCAACAGAGACUUUGAAGCCAAAGUCACGGAGCUAGGUGGCAUGAAGUGUUUGUACGCGCAUGCGUAUUACACGGAGCAAGAGUUCUGGGAUAUCUACGACGAGAAGAAGUACAUGGACCUGCGGAGGAAGUACCACGCCGAAAGCUUGCCAAGUGUCUUUGACAAAGUGAAGGUCGAUCUGCAAGGCGUUGCUGGGGGGAAAAGCGUGAUGAAGACGGAGUCGUGGAACGAAUGGGCAUACCGCCAGUUCUGGGAUACAUGGCCGCUUGGUGGGUUGUACGGGGUUGCGAGCGCAACGAAGGGGUUGUUUUUCCAAAGCGACUUCUUAUUGAAGAAGUGA